AGUCCGUCAAAAAAGAAUGACAAACUUUUAUAUCAAGUAAAAAUUUAACUUUAAAAUGUCAAUUUUAACCUUAAUGAAAUGAUUCAUCGACGCACAAAUUUGUAUCAUUCGUUUUUGGGAAAAGGGAAAAAUAUAUUUCUGAGCUAUCGUAAAUGACAUGCAGACAUCGAUCGUACGUCACACUUUUGAGAUAUUGGUGUCUCUGUCGUCUAAAACUAGAGUAUAUAUGUCCUUCACUCUAACGGAGGACUAAAUAUGACACGUGGCACAGUCUUAUCCGCCAAUCCGAUAUUUAAUAAAUGUUGGAUUGGUGGAUAAGAUUAUGACACAUGUAUAUCCGUUAGUAUAAAUGGUAUAUACGCCUAGUAUUUGAACGCCGGGGACAUCAAUGUCCAAAAGUAUGACGGUGAUAUUUGAAUACCAUUUACGAUAUCUUCGGGGGUAUAUUUAUCAUUUUUCCCUCUAUUUUUAAAUCGCAAGUUUUAAAAGUCUUUCUCUUUUUUUUUAAACUCUGCGUCGAGUCAAACUACCUCAAAUAAAAUGAGACAGAUGGAGUAAUAAUUUUGACAAAUUUUAAAUAAUUCUAAAAACUAAAAUCAAAAUUGAAACUAAAAGUUUGUUAUGAUAAUUAAUACUAAUAGUGGUUACUAUUACAUAAAACCAACUAAGUAUCCACCAAAAAUGGAGCUCCCUUCAAAUUCUCUAAAAAAAAUUUAAUCACUAAAACUCACAAUUUUUCUUCUCUAUGUUAAAUUCAAGAACAGAUCAAAUUCAACUAAGUGUCAUUCAAGAUUUUCAGUUCUAUGAUUAAUUUUUAUGUGUUAGAUUUGUACAAAGAUCUUUGUGUAAUACAUAUUUUGGAAAUAAUAGUAUAGGAAUGAUCAUGUGUUGUUGAAAAUAUACAUAAAUUUUUUUUUUGAAGAAAAUGUGGCCACCACCACCAAAUAUGAGUGGAGAAAGAAUGCCAUUACCAAAUAAAUUAAUAGCAGUGUCAAUAGAUAAAGAUAAAGGAAGCAAAAUUGCUUUAAAAUGGACUGUUGAUCAUCUAUUAGCCAGAGAACAAACUGUUCUUUUGAUUCAUGUCAAAUUAAAGCAAUCUGCUAAUGCAUCUGGUCAAUCCAUAUCUUCAAGAUCAAACCAGAGUUCUGAUGAAGGUGUAGGAAACACGGAAUUGGAUCAGCAGACAAAGGAACUGUUUCUUCCUUUCCGAGUAUUUUGUACACGAAAAGAUAUACAAUGUUAUGAUAUUGUGCUAGACGACACGGAUGUAGCCAGAGCAGUCAUUGAAUAUGUGGCUCGAACAGGAGUGGAGGUAUUGAUUGUUGGUGCUUCAUCGAGAGGCGGUCUUCUCAGAUUUAAAGCCAAAGACAUACCAGGAAGCAUGUUAAAAGGGGCUCCUGAUUUCUGUACUGUACAUAUCAUCUCCAAAACUGGAAAGAUCUCAUCUACACGUGCUGCUUCUCGCUCUGCGCCUUUUGUCCAUCCACUACGUCACCAGUUGAUGCAGCCUGCGAGCACCAAAUUUGCUCCUUUUGAUACUUCAACACCCUCUUCUAAUAAUUCAAGAAGUUCAUUUCCAGGAGGUCCGAAGCCUGUUUGUGAUCCUCCGCCUUCUACAAUUCAAAGUGACACGAUGAGUUUCAAGUCUCCAUUCACUCAUAGGAAAGGACCGAACGGAAAGCCAUAUGAAAUCUCUUUGACAGAUACUGAUAUAUCAUAUGUCAGUUCUGGAAGGCCAAGCAUUGAUAACAUCUAUUCUUCAUUAUCUGAUAGCUAUGAAAGUGGUGGACCGACCCCUCCUCGGCUUUCAGGUUUUUCAGACUUUGAUAGUCAAAGUUUCGAUUCCACACAGUUUGGGCGGAGAUCCGUGGACACCACUCCACCAGAAUUAUCACUCACGUUAUUGGACGGUGAUAGAACAUCAUUUUCGCAAGGACCAGGAGAUGAUAUAGAAGCAGAAAUGAGAAGGCUAAAGCAGGAGCUUAAGCAAACGAUGGAAUUGUAUAGUUCGGCUUGCAAGGAAGCACUUACAGCAAAACAAAAGGCAAUGGAACUUCAAUGCUGGAAAAUGGAAGAAAAACGAAGAUUAGAAGAAGCACGUUUAGCUGAGGAAGCUGCAUUAGCACUUGCAGAGAGGGAAAAGGCAAAGUCUAGAGCAGCCAUAGAGCAUGCAGAGGCAUCUCAGAGGCUUGCAGAACUAGAAGCUCAGAAGAGAAUCAGCGCGGAAAUGAAAGCUUUAAAAGAAGCAGAAGAGAAGAAUAAAAUACUAAAUAAACUUUCAAACUCUGAUGUCAGGUACAGGAAAUAUACAAUCGAGGAGAUCGAAUCUGCAACAGACUACUUUGCUCAAACUCGUAAAAUCGGAGAAGGAGGCUACGGGCCUGUGUAUAAAUGCUAUCUGGAUCAUACGCCUGUUGCAGUUAAGGUCCUCCGUCCUGAUGCAACUCAUGGACGACAACAGUUUCAACAAGAGAUUGAAGUUUUGAGCUGCAUACGGCAUCCUAACAUGGUGCUUCUUCUAGGAGCCUGUCCCGAAUACGGAUGCUUAGUAUAUGAAUUUAUGUCUAACGGAAGCUUAGAUGAUCGUUUAUUCCAUCGAGGAAAGACACCACCACUCUCUUGGCAGCAGAGGUUUCGGAUUGCUUCUGAAAUAGCUACUGGUCUACUUUUCCUACACCAAAGCAAACCAGAACCACUAGUUCAUCGUGAUCUAAAGCCGGGCAACAUUUUGCUUGAUCGCAACUUUGUGAGUAAGAUAAGUGACGUUGGCUUAGCCCGACUAGUCCCUCCAUCAGUAGCAGACAGUGUCACUCAAUACAGAAUGACAUCAACUGCUGGAACGUUCUGCUAUAUCGAUCCUGAAUAUCAACAGACCGGCAUGCUUGGUGUAAAAUCUGAUGUAUACUCCUUAGGAAUCAUUUUCUUGCAGAUACUAACCGCGAGAUCACCAAUGGGACUGACUCACUAUGUUGAAAGAGCAAUUGAGAAAGGGACUUUCAACGAAAUGCUUGAUCCAGCUAUUCAUGAUUGGCCCUACGAUGAGGCUUUGCGUCUUGCCAACUUAUCGUUACAAUGCUCUGAGCUAAGACGAAAAGACAGACCCGAUCUUGGCAAAGUCGUGUUGCCAGAGUUAGAAAGAUUAAGAACACUUGCUGAAGAAAAUACAUGUCCAUCACUUAUGUACAAUCAAAAUAUCUCACCAAAUCAUAGCCAAGUUUCCCUCUCACGCGAUAACUUAAGCUAUCCGAAUACAAUGCCAAGCUACGAGAGCUCGAAAAGCCAAUGAAGUACAAGGAUCUAACUGAUGAGAAUUUUGUUCUAAAGUUUUAAUUUUUCUUGUAAGAAAAAAGGACUUGCAUUAUCCCUCUUUUUGGUCCUAUUAUUUGUUAAAGUAACAUUUUCUUCCAUGGUACGUUGUCGACUUUGUUAGGAAGCGCUUUUUCUUAAUGUAGGACUUUUCGCGUGAAUCUAAAUUUAGUCGGGUUCCGAUAUGGGUACACGAGACGGGGUGGAGAAAAAAACAUUUUCUUCCUCUUUUCCAAGAUGUAAAUGCUAUUAUAUAGCCCCUAUUUUUUAGUUUGUAUAGAUUUGGUGUAAAGAGAAAGAAGAAUUUGUUUGUUAA